AUUUUUAUGCAGAUGCCCAAAUUGGCGUUUGUUAUGGCAUGAAGGGCAGUGACUUACCAUCUCGCCAAGAAGUCAUAGAUCUCUACAACCAAAACAACAUCCAAAGAAUGAGACUUUACGCUCCGGAUGAGGCUGCUCUCCAAGCCCUCAGAGGCACCAACAUCGAGCUGGUGCUCGACAUUCCCAAUGAUGACAAUCUUAUUCAAUCUUUAGCAGCCAGCCAAGCCACCGCCGACAAUUGGGUUCAAAACAACGUCAGGAACUACCCAGAUGUCAAGUUCCGCUACAUCGCUGUAGGAAACGAAGUUAAGCCCACGGAUUCUUUUGCACAGUUUCUAGUCCCCGCCAUGCAAAACAUCCAAAAUGCAGUUACCGGACUUGGAAUCAAAGUGUCCACGGCUAUUGACACUCGGACCCUUGACGUUUCUUGGUGAACAAUCAAGCUCCAUUGCUCGU